UCGAUGAAAUUUUACUUUUCACUAUGACGGCAAGCAUGGUGGAGUUACGAGGGAUCUUUUUAGUUAUUUUGUUUCUGGGUGGGGCUAUUGCUUCGAAAAGUUUCUUGGGACACCUUCCAAUGGAACAUCCGGAUUUACUUGGUGGUGACAUGUUAAUUGAAGAUGAUUUUGCAGAUAGGAAUGCCAUUGUUGAUUCAAGGCAGAUUUGGCCUAAUGGAAUUGUUCCGUAUGAACAAGAUCCCGCUCUAAAUUAUACAUCCUUCAGAGUAAUACUGAGUGGAGCUUUUAACCAGUAUGAGCGACAAACAUGUAUCAAGUUUGUAAAGAGAACCACAGAGAAGGACUACAUUAGAAUAUUUCCUGGAGUUGGGUGUUACUCCCACGUGGGAAGAACUGGAAAUCAACAGCCGUUGUCUUUAGGCAAUGGUUGUGAGUGGAUGGGAACCAUGGUUCACGAACUCGGACAUGCUUUGGGGUUCUUCCACGAGCAAAACCGUUCAGACAGAGAUGAUUAUUUAACUAUAUUUUGGGAGAACGUAAAAGAAGGAAUGGAAGAUCAGUUUUUUAAAUUAGGCCCAGAUCAAAACCGGUUGUUGACAACAUUCGAUUAUGAUUCCAUCAUGUUGUAUGGCUCUUACACUUUCUCCAAGGACCGGCAAAACUUGAAGACGAUGGUCGGAAAAGACAAUCGUGUCUUGAAAGAUCCUGUGUGGAAGUACUUCUUGAGCAAGAGUGAUGUUAAAAGAGUGAACAUGCUGUACAACUGUGAAAAGCAAAAAUAGAAUAAAUAACAUUUGUGAUACAUUCAAUUCAAAGUUAAAACUCUGUCUAUUUCAAUGUUUCGUAACCCUUUCAAUAUCAGAGGUUGAAUGCCGUAUCUAUUGAAACUGCAGUUUAGGCGCUUUCCAAAAAUUGCGUCACUCUUUCAACAUAUUUGAACCUUUCUCCAAUAUUUCCUAUAUACUUCAUAAUCUUAACACUAGAAAGACUAAACGUUUCUGUAUACCUAGAAAGAUUAAAUGGGCAAUACCCAUUUCUUGGGUGAAUGCUUUUAAAAAUUCAUCCUGACGUUCAGUCUUUCUAAUUUUAAGAUUAUGAAGUAAACUCUGUUGCUCCAAUCCUUUCAUGUUAUAUUUUCCAAUUUAAAAAUGUUUGUGAUAAAAAGAUUAUCUUAUCAGAUGGGCAGAACAGA